CCACAAGUACAGCAAACGGAGGCCACGUCAGGUGGUGCGAGUAAAAUCAACUGGCGAGUAAAAUCAACUGGUGCAGCGGCUCGGCACCCACCGAACAGACAAACGACGAAGUAAAAAGCCACAGAAGAUCCCUGCUCGAAGACAGACACGCCGUGUGCAUUCUCGUCCCGUGUCCCUUUGUCUGGCUUGCAGCUCACCGUGAAUGGCUUGCCUUUCUUCGAGAAAGAGAACGCCCAGCUCGUCCCAACCCCUCUCUCCAAAGGUCAGGACAUAAUGAGGGAGCCGAAGAGCUUCCUGCUUUUCCUGCAGCGAUGCUGUCCUUCAUCUCCGCGCGCCGUGGCAGACGCGGGGGAGUGACGAAGAAGCACGCUGCAAUGGCGACCAGCGUCGCCUCACUGUUACUUGCUCCAUUUCUCGGCUGCUCUUCUAUCAGCCAUUCGCGUUCAACGUCCACCUUUCCAAAUUCAUUGGCUGGCAUUGGCGUUCGUCGACAACAUGCGCUCCUCUGUCGGCUGACUGAAGGAAGUGUCGG